CAGCAGCGGGGAGCCGGCGGGUGGCUGCGCCUCGGCGGGCUGUAGCGGCUGGAGGACCCGGGGACUGACUCUCGCUCCUCGACCCUGCGUCUGCUCUGCUGGAUCUGUGGCUUUUUUGGUGAGACCUUAAAGAAGUCCAAAAAGAGCGUGAGGCCAAACGGCAAGGUGCCAGGAUGCUAUGAGAUAGUGCCCCUGGCCCUGAAGAAGAAGAUGGCUGCAGAACUUUACCCUGCCAGCGCCAACACCAACAUCGCCAACAGCAACGCCGCCGCCACCGCUGCCAACAGCAAGAAGAACGCGCUGCAGCUCCAGCAGAGCGCCCAGCCGCCCCCGCCGCCCCAGCUCCAGAACCUCAACAACAACAACUUGGAGAGCGCCAACUGGCAGUCCUUCCACCCAACGCUGCGCGAGAGGAACGCGCUGAUGUUCAAUAACGAACUCAUGGCUGACGUCCACUUCAUCGUGGGCCCGCCAGGGGCAUCCAAGAAAGUUCCUGCCCAUAAGUAUGUUUUGGCAGUCGGUAGCUCUGUCUUCUACGCUAUGUUUUAUGGUGAUCUCGCAGAGGUCAAAUCCGAAAUCCAUAUACCAGAUGUGGAACCUGCAGCCUUUCUAAUCCUAUUAAAAUACAUGUAUAGUGAUGAAAUAGACCUGGAAGCUGACACAGUUCUGGCUACGCUGUAUGCUGCCAAGAAGUACAUCGUGCCAGCCCUAGCAAAGGCUUGCGUCAAUUUUCUGGAGACUAGUUUAGAGGCGAAGAACGCUUGCGUUCUGCUGUCUCAGAGCAGGCUCUUUGAGGAGCCAGAGCUGACACAGCGCUGCUGGGAGGUGAUUGAUGCUCAAGCAGAAAUGGCACUGAAGUCAGAAGGCUUCUGUGAGAUAGAUCAACAGACGCUAGAGAUCAUUGUAACCCGGGAGGCGCUAAACACCAAGGAAGUGGUAGUGUUCGAGGCCGUUCUCAACUGGGCAGAGGCUGAAUGCAAAAGGCAAGGGCUGCCGGUCACGCCACGCAACAAGAGGAAUGUAUUAGGAAAAGCGCUGUACUUGGUGCGGAUUCCCACUAUGACUCUAGAAGAGUUCGCCAACGGAGCUGCCCAGUCCGACAUCCUCACCCUUGAGGAAACUCACAACAUAUUCCUAUGGUACACAGCUGCAAACAAACCCAAACUUGAGUUUCCCCUGACGAAAAGGAAAGGACUUGUACCUCAGCGAUGCCAUCGAUUUCAGUCGUCCGCGUACCGCAGUAACCAGUGGAGGUACAGAGGGCGGUGUGACAGUAUUCAGUUUGCCGUAGACAAACGGAUAUUUAUAGCAGGACUGGGAUUGUAUGGGUCAAGUUGUGGCAAAGCUGAAUACAGUGUCAAAAUCGAACUGAAGCGCUUAGGAGUUGUCCUUGCUCAAAAUCUGACAAAGUUUACCUCCGACGGGUCCAGUAAUACUUUCUCUGUGUGGUUUGAACACCCUGUGCAGGUUGAGCAGGACACGUUUUACAAUGUAAGUGCUAUUCUCGACGGCAAUGAACUCAGCUACUUUGGGCAAGAGGGAAUGACUGAAGUGCAGUGUGGAAAAGUGACAUUCCAGUUCCAGUGCUCCUCGGACAGUACCAAUGGAACUGGAGUACAAGGAGGACAGAUACCUGAGCUCAUUUUCUAUGCAUGAUGCAUUUCACCUUGAUUGUAUUCCAAUACUGCAAUGAUGCACAUCAAGGGAUUUUCCAAUUUUACUACGAAACUGUACAGCAGUAUGGAAUGUUACGCUACUUACCUAUCUGCUACAUCAGCCUAUACAAAUAAGUGAAGGAAUGCUCUCGAAUUUAAUCUUAUUUUAUUUAUUCAUAAGCUAUUUGACUUAAUUAUGACUGCAAUGAGCAGAAAAAUGUUAAAUUUCGCACGAACUGUGCAUUUAUUUUGUAUAUAGAUAACUAACUUGCAGACUGCAGCUGACUUAAACAGAAUGUUCUAAACUAGAGCAGUUUACGAAUCUGUGAAAUAUAAAACAUUUUUACUUGCCCUAAA